CCAGACACAUUACAACUGCUCAUCACUCGAUUGCCUCAUUACUUCCUCGUCAACUUCACGCAGCCUUUAUACACAACUACACUCAUCAAAAUGCAGCUCCCUACAAUUUUCCUCACUAUUACCUUCUUCAUGAUGGGCCAUGCUAAUGCAGCCUCGAUGCGUCGUCAAAAUGGCGGAUUUCGCGACUUUGUUACUGGAAGUGGAAGUGCGGUUUUUGGGAACGCUGGAAACCCAUGUUCCGUUGGGCCUGAAGAGGGCGAAUGUGAUCAAUUUGGAAGAUGCGUGCAGUUUAUUCCUCCGAAUGAGCAGAGCAUCUUGAACCAGGGGCGAGAAGUUGAUGAAUGUAUCAAGGGAGGGCAGACAGGCACCUUGAAGAUUUAGCAAUUUCAUUGCUAUAGAGCUUCAAUAC